UCCUAGGUGGGUCCAUAUCACGUGAAGGCGCUCACGUUUCGUGUUGCCCCGCCAAUUCCUGGAUGCCAUAACCGAGAAUCCCCCACGUCAUUCGACAAUCCAUCCGAUUCCAGACCCACUAUUUUCAGUAUUCAUUGCAACUUAUCUGUUUCGCUUUAUUCUCACCUAAAUAACCAUCUCAAUCAAUUCCGAUUCCCUGAAUAAAGUAGCGCUAUCAAUUACAAACUGAAAAAAUGCCUACCACGAGGCGUUCUAGCGGCAACAGCCGCGUCAAUGGAAGACAGUCGACGCUGUCCUUCAACCACCGGGUCACCAAGUCCGGGCCCAAGUCGACCAAGGACCUGGACUCCAAACCGGCGAAGUCAAGCCCGCUCAAGACGCACGUCUCUUCGGUUAAGCUAGAAGAGCCGACUAGCGACGAGGAACGCGCGAUCAAGGAUGAGUUCGAAGAGAAGCCGAUUGAGGGCGAACUCGAAGAGGAGCCUCAGGUCGCACAGCCGGCGCCGGUGGUGGAGCCUGAGAAAUCCGAGGCGGAGCUGCGCGCGCAGAAGAUCACCGAUCGCCAGAUCAGCGCGUAUUGGCGAGAACUAGAGAAUGAGCGGAAGGCCAAGAGGGUCCACCAGGAAGACCUGACGCUCGCGGAGAAGGUGUUGCGAUAUUGGGACGUUAGCUCACAGUAUGGGCCUUGCGUUGGGAUGGACCGUACGAAGCGAUGGAUGCGAGCCGAGAAGCUGGGUCUUAAUCCGCCAUUAGAGGUCCUCGCUGUGCUACAGAAGGAAGAGGCCAAGAACACCAAAGGCAUUGAAAAGGCACAUAUGGAUGAGAUCCUUAAUUCAACUGCUGUUGGUGCGAUUUGAGGUCGGAUGCGGUGGAAUGAAAGUUUAUGCCUGACGGAUAGAUACGUGUACGAUGGAGGGAAAUGGCGGUUCAUGAUGCUUUUGCGCUGGCGUUGGGGACGAUAUUUGCUCCGCUGGAUUUGCCAAGUCUCACUUGC